CGCCCCGGGGCGCCGGGCAGCCCGCGGGCCGCCCUCACUUCCCCACGGGCGGCGAGCGGGCUCCCGCCGCGCAGGGCUCCGCACAGCCUCCCGCUCGCAGCGUUCCCCCCGCAGCCGCCGGCUCCCCGCCCGCCCGCCAAGAUGGAGCAAACGUGUGAUGAUAUUGAUGAAAUGUUCAGCAAUUUACUUGGAGAAAUGGACAUGCUGACCCAGAGUUUGGGAGUGGAGACUUUACCAUCUCCAUCCCCCGAAGUGGCCAACAAGGAAUUUAGCUUUACAGUUGGUUUUAAAGAUUUAAAUGAAUCCCUAAGUGCCCUAGAGGACAAAGACCUUGAUGCUUUAAUGGCUGAUCUUGUAGCAGACAUAAACGAAGUUGAACAGAGAACGUUACAAGCCCAGAAAACUACUACUGGCAAUCAACAAAGUAAAGUCACUCAGCCUUCAACAGGCUUGGAUACUGCCACUUCUUGUAUGUCAAGCAACUAUGUUACCGUUACUGGACAGUUUGGGGACGACUUGCCGCCUCCACCUCCAGACCCUAAUUUAGACCUUCCACCGCCGCCGCCACCACCUCCUCCUGAGCCACUCACUCAGGAAGAACAAGAGGCACAGGCUAAAGCUGACAAGAUAAAACUUGCUUUGGAGAAACUGAAAGAAGCCAAAGUUAAAAAGCUGGUUGUCAAGGUGCACAUGUACGAUAACAGCACAAAGUCACUGAUGUUGGACGAGCGUCAGGUGGCACGGGAUGUUUUAGACAAUCUCUUUGAGAAAACCCAUUGCAACUGCAACGUGGACUGGUGCCUGUACGAAACGUACCCAGAGCUGCAAAUUGAAAGGUUUUUUGAAGACCAUGAAAAUGUUGUUGAAGUGCUGUCACACUGGACUCGAGAUACGGAGAAUAAGAUUCUGUUUUUGGAAAAAAGUGAAAAAUAUGCUUUAUUUAAAAAUCCCCAGCAUUUCUACCUGACAAACAAAGGGAAGAGUGAAAGCAAAGAAAUGAAUGAGAAAAACAAAGAGGCUUUACUGGAGGAGAGCUUCUGCAGGACAUCUGUCAUUGUGCCAGAGCUUGAAGGGGCCCUUUAUUUAAAAGAAGAUGGAAAAAAAUCCUGGAAGAGGCGUUAUUUUCUUCUACGGGCUUCUGGAAUUUAUUAUGUACCCAAAGGAAAAACCAAGACAUCCCGAGAUCUGGCAUGCUUCAUUCAAUUUGAAAAUAUGAACGUUUAUUAUGGUACUCAACACAAAGUGAAGUACAAGGCACCUACAGAUCACUGCUUUGUUUUAAAGCACCCUAGGAUUCAGAAGGAGUCACAGUAUAUCAAAUACUUAUGCUGUGAUGAUCAAACAACUCUGCAUCAGUGGGUAACGGGUAUAAGAAUUGCCAAGUAUGGCAAGACACUAUAUGAUAAUUACAAAUGUGCAGUGAAGAGAGCUGGCCUGGCCUCUCGGCGGGCAAACCAAGGGACGAUGGAACCAGCUGUCUCUACGGGAUCUUCAUCCACAGAUGCUGUUCAGGCAAAUGGACAGAUUCUCCAAGUUGUUCCUCCUUCCAGUGCAGAGUUUUCAGAGCCUCAGAAGAAAGCAGACACAUCAGAGGUGAAGUCAAAUGGUAUCAGUGCAGCUGGCCUGGCACAACCAGUGAUAAGGCCACAGAAAUACCAGAAUAAGAAAGGCUCACUGCAGCCUCCUCCUCCACCUGAAAGGCGGUCAUCUGCUAUUGCUGCUUCACCAGUUCUACCCUCCAAAGCCAAACGAGACAGCGGCAUCUUCCUAACAGAUCCAGACAGUUUUCCAGCACCACCACCUGCACUGAAGAUUGAUCUGCCACCACCACCACCUGAGUUCUGUGAACCUCCUCCUGAUUUUGUGCCUCCACCACCACCAUCCUCCAGCAGCGGUAAUGGAGACUUGCCUUUACCUCCUCCACCUCCACCUGUCUCCAGUAAGAUACCACCUCUGACAAAGAAACCUGUGCCACUUCCUCCAAAAAGGCAAGAAAUCACAGCACAGGAUGGAGAACCAAGGCCAACUGGGCCACCUCCGUUUGGGGGUGGAGACAGACAGGCAGAUUUCAUGUCUGAUCUCAUGAAAGCUCUUGAGAAGAAAAGGGGCAGCAGCUCCUGAGCUCUGAGGGCAGAUGGACUUUAAGACACAGCUGUUGGUGUGUGUGGUCUCAUGGAGGGUGGUGCAGGCUGAGGCCCCACCACGAGGAGUUCUCUCCCAGAGCAGCACCCACAGUGCCAGGCAGCGAGUGAAAUGCACCUUCUGUGGCUGCCUUGUAAGAGAAUUAGAGCUGAAGGAAACAGUACUGUUUCUCAUAGGGAUUCUGAGAAUUGGGAAAAUCUCUUCUCAGAAUUUCUCUUAAAGACACUUUUUUAUAAAAAGACACUUUUUUUUAUAAAAAGAGGCCUAUCUUAAAAAGAAAAAUCUCAGCUAGAUUACCCUCAGAUGAAAGGCAGGAGAAGGGCUAUUCCCAAAGAGCAUCACCCCGAAUGUUACACACCACUGUUUCCCUACACAACUCCAGUCAUACUGUCUGUACUCACAACUGCUCCCUUUAAAUAUCAUUUAUUUGGCUAAUUUUAGAUAAAGACAAAUUUUUAAUCGCAAAUUGUUGUAUUUUUCCCCUCGUAAGUAGGGCUAUUUUUUCUGCUGGUUAACAUUUACCUUUAAACUGUACCUAGAAAUAGUCUGUUUCCAUGAAGAUUUCAUAAUUAUCUUGUAAGAAUGUGUCUCCUCCUACCUACUUUUUUUCAUUUGUUCUCCAUUUUAAUUCUCCAUUGUCAUUUAGGU